CUUGUCACUCCGGUCCACCACAUGUUCCUCAUCACCACAACUCGUAUCUUGACCGUCUCUUCCGCAUAUGAAAAUAUAGUUACUGAGCGUCCACGUUGUAUAGACCAUGAGGUUUACUGCGCACUCUCCUUGCCUGACAACCCGCCCAAGGACGCCCCGUGAGAACGGUUCCACCCAGCGAUCAUGUCUGGCCCAAAACCCAACGAUAGCAAGUACGGCCAGCCAUAUGUGGCAGCCUCUUGGGCAUUGACAGCAAUGGCUAGCUUAGCCAUGCUGGCUCGAAUUGCCAUCAAGUCCUGGAUUCGAUGGGUAGUGCCUCGUGUCAGCUCCCCCGACCGCCUGUGGGGCCUCGAAGACUUGUUCUACAUUGUUGGGUAUAGCCUCGAUCUCGCUUACAUGGCACUGCUGCAGAAAAGCUAUAAUGCAGGGCUGGGACAUCAUAUCUGGGACCUCACGCAGGCGCAACACACCGAGCUCCUGAAAUACAUGUUAAUCGGUCAGCUCCUGGCAUUUAUUGGUGCCAUGUUUGCCCGCACUGGAAUGUUGUGUUUCCUGCUGCGGUGUUUCAAUGGGGCUGACAAGCGCAUCCGCAUCUUCAUUUUCGCCUGCUUGUGUGUUCAAAUCGUGGUCAACGUAGCGACCAAUCUGCAAAGCCUCCUCCAGUGUGGGCCCAUUCCCCCUCGCACGGUGGAUCGAUUCGAAUAUUUCCACUACCUCUGGGAUCCCAGACCUUCGGACGGCUCGGUCGAGUGUCAAAAGCCUUCCGUACAAAUUAUCACGGGAUACGUUCAAGGAGGAUUCAACUGCGCAGUCGAUCUUGUGCUGGCAGUCUUAGCGGCAGUGCAGCUCUGGCGGUUCCCCAUGGCCAACAAGAACCACAUCACCUGGAGUGGUGCUUCGUUUUGCUCUCGCUUCAAGAGUAUCCCUGCCGAGUCCCGGAACCGACGUUUAUGGCAGACGGGGGCUCUCAGUGGUCCGCUCCUACUGUCCGGGAUUGCGUCCCUGGUUCGCAUCUCGCUAAUGCAAACGAUGGAGGGCGCUGCUGACAUGACUUAUCGAAUAGUCCCAUUUGGCCUGUGGGUGAAACUUGAAAAUGCCAGCCUCUUGAUCGCCCCGUGUGCACCGAUUGUCCAUUUGCUGGUGUCACUGAUGUCGAAGAAAACCCCGAGUCAGAGCUACCCCUGGUAUGGCAACCAGUCCGGGGCAGGUGGACCGGCACUGGAGUUGGAGACAGUGCCGUACAGCCAGGACAAGGGGACGAUAGCUAUCUCGACGGUGGACCAUGAGAGUCUCCACGACCGACGCCCAAUAGGUCAACAAGAGACCGGCAGUGAAGCGGUCCUCGUCCGGACGGAUAUUCUGGUAGAGUAUGAUGCAUCGGAGCGAGGGUCGAUCCCGAGUUUAGUGGCUUAA